AACUCUUUCUUCCUCUUUCUAGUAAAUAUUGUGUAUUUUGAACUCGGGUUGGAGGCGUAUCCUCGGAAGCGGCUUUAGCGGGGCAGAAGCGCCGCUCUGGUGCGUCGUUGCUUCACUGCAGAGCCGCACACGCGCAGAUCAGCCCUCUGCAAAGGGAUAUCGGUCCUGGCCCGAUGGAGGAGAUGUGCGACGAAGCCAGCGGCAGGCCGGACUCAGGUUCGGCGGUGGAGCGAGGAACGGGCGAUGGGAGGAAACUCGUAACGACGACGGGAGGCGCCGGUUCGGCGGAGGACGAGCCGCUCGCCUCGAGUUCUCUGAGAAUCCCAGAAGCAGACGCUGGCGACCCGGAGGCUGGGGGGUCCGGCGGGUCAGGUCCGAGGAGAGGGGAUCUCUGUUUCCCUCUGGAUGACCUCCCCGUGCACGAGGACGUGACUCCUGGAGCCUUCACAGUGGCUAGCGCCCGUGAACCAGACGGCGUGGUUCCUGCAGGAGCUUCUGAGUGUGGACCUGCAACCGUCCAGGGGGAGGGUGAGCCUCAGCUUCCAAAUGAGCAAAGACAAGACGGCGGAGGUUCGUCCUCAGAGACGGCGACCAAGGCAGCGUACCGCUCGGUUCUUCAUCACAUGCGGGAUCAGAAAAAGCACAAACCCGGUCGACGCCUCAAGAAGAAGACGCUCAUGAAAAUGGCCAAACUGCUCGUCAUCGCCAAGGACUGGGACGGCAGGGAAGACGGGAUGUUAAACAUGGCGGGAAUUCUGCGGCACAAAGAUCUUUUCGCAUCGAUUGCGUCUCAAACUGAGACGAGUUCAGCUGAAGGUGGACGGACUUCAUCACCGACGGUAUCUAACAGGAAGAGGAAAGCAGAAGACAAAGAGAGUGAAAACGGCAGUGAAUCCAGAAAACCAUCCGACGGAGAGUCCGGGCUGCAAACAGCAUCAGAUGAGCAAAAGAGGUUGGGUGACAUCAGCUCAGGAACCACAACCACAUGUGGCGACGGAGAGCUGCCAAAAGACGAAGCGGCGGAAACAUCUGCCGUCAACACGUCCAAACCGAGGAAGAGGGCAGCCAAAGCUGCCGAGCAGAAGUCAGCCAAGAACGAGGACGACGCAGCCAGAGAGGGUCCGAUAGGGAGCAACAGAACCGCCCCGAAGGUCAAGAGGACACCCGGACAGAUGAUCGGGAAAAAGACGAAGGCGUCACCUGGAGGAAACCGGAGGAGGAAGAAGACGUCUGUGAGGUCGAUCCGGUUGGCUCGGGCUGCAGCCGACGGAGACGAAGCAGCGUCUUCUCAAGCCGAGAAAGUGGACCGUAAAACCGGAAUCACCGAGAACAGAACCCAACAACGAGCAAACAUCCAGAGAACCGGGAAGAAGGAAGUCCCUGCAUCCCAGCAAGCUGGAGAUGUUUCUCUGCAGGAACCAAACAGACCCGACCUCGACGUAGAAGCUGCACCACCCUCAGAACCGUCUGUGGACACCCCGGUUUGGGAUUCAAACUACUACCCGUCCGUAGAAAUGGAGACCAAACCGGCGGAAGACGAGCAGCCUAUCACGACUCUCUGGAACAAAGGUGGGGUUCCCCGGAGAAGGAGAAAGGACAAAGCCGUGGACAGAAAUGUACUUUGGAAGAUUAAGAACGAACCAGUUUGGGAAGCUGCGACAAGUUUCCCUCCGAUGGACGUAAAAACCGAACCUCGAGCAUUGCAUAGGUCCACUCACGACCACGAGCCUCCGCAUUCAGCUGCUAAGGAGAACCCAAAGAAGAAGCUGGCAAGAAAACGUAGAAGUAAGAGAGAGAAACUACAAGCUACCGUCACAUCGGUGGAAAGCACAGAGGAAGAGGACGAUUCAAACUACGAGAAACUCCGACCGAGGACAUUACGAUCGAAGGUGACGGCAGCACACGAGGAAUACUUGACAAGAUAUCUAAAAGGUUCACGGAAAAGGCCGGCGAAGACAAGAAACACCCCUUCAGAUGUUUCUAACGACCUGAAAACCGAACAAGAGACGUCCGACGCACCGAACCCUAAAAAUACGCCAAAACGUAAAUAUAGACGGAAAGGUCAGGCGGCGAGGGCGAGUGAGAACCCGCCGGCAAACGAAGAGCCAUCCUUGGGACUUCCUUCACUGGGAAACGUUUCUGGAGACGUUAAAGUCGAAAGGAAAAGAACCAAACGGAAGAUGGGAACCAGCGGGUCUGCAUUCAAAGAGGCGGUUCAUCCUCCCGACUCUUUGGAGUCAAACUCGCCCAGAGAGGGGAUGCUGGGAAGUACGAAGAGGUCACGGAGGUCAAAGUGGAAGGCGGACAGUUUUAUUUCUCCGGGAGGUCGGCUGGAGACGACUCCAGAGAUCCCCGAGACAAAAUUGACCGUGCAGGGGCUUUGGUCGAAGGGUUCAGGGGGGAAACCGACGCCACGGAUGGGAGGAGCCACACCAGAGCUGAAAGAUCCGUUUGCUGUUUUUGAGUUCGACUCCGAAGAGUCGACAUCAGAGAUGAAACCGGGUGAAGAAGUAAGAAAGAAGACAACUCCACCAAGAGCUGAAAUCCAGCAUGAAUAUGAAGCGGGAGCUCCUGAGGAUCGAGGAUCGUGCAAAAGCACCUGGCGCAAAAGAAAGCUUGAAACUACGACGAAGACUCUUGAUGCACCGUCCCAUCCGGUGGAUUUAAAAGCCAUCAAGCAAGAACCUGACAAGCAGGACGCCUCAUCUGCUCCUCCUGCGAGAAGGAUCCGGAGGAGACGACGGAGGAGUAAGACCCACUGGGUCGGCCAAAGGAAAGUCAAGCGUCUUCGGAUCAGCGCCGUCUGCGGUGGUCCAGCUGAUGUGGCAUCGUCCUCCCUCGAGCCCGGCGUCUGCGAGUCCACCGAUGAAGCCGCCAACCUCGGGCAGCAGGAAGCGUCAACCAACGUCAGGCACCGUCCUCUUCAACCGCUGAAGUCGCAGAAGAAGAAGAAGAAGAGUCUCCGGUGCCCUUUUUGCCGCCGCUGCUUUCGCCACAUCGCAGCGUUCACGCGCCACAAGCGGAUCCACACGGGCGAGAAACCAUUCAGGUGCCAAACGUGCGGCAAGAGCUUCGCCAGCGUCCGGGAGGUCAACCUGCAUUCGAAGGUCCACCGGGAACCUCCGGCGCCACGCUGCCCGUGUUGUGACGGGAUGUUUCGGAGCAAAGCCGAGCUCAUCCGUCACUUCAGGACACAUCUGAACGACAUCGAUGGCGCUGGUGACGAUGAGGUCUUCAGGUGCUCGCUGUGUUUGAAGGAGUUCACGAAGGCGACUGCUCUGGAGAAGCACCGGCGAACGCACUGCGGUAAUCUGAACAGGAAACGGUUUGGUUCCUCAGAUCUGCGUUUCCACCAAAAUACACGCCGGACAUGCAAAGACUCGUCCCUUAAAAGAGGCUUCGAGAUUGAUUCGGCUCCAACGGUGUCCUCCUGCAACGCUGAACCAACCGCAACUGCCAUCUGUUCCACCAGGGCCGAGACGGACGGGUUCCCUGCUCCUCAGGGUGGCGACGCAGCGGUUUUAAGAUGUCCGAUAUGCAAACAGUGCCACCGCCACUGGUGCGACUACGCUCAGCAUUUGCAGACCCACCGCUGUCAGGUGUGCAGAUGGCAGGACAGCCUGGAGGCGGGAAACGUCAGUGCCCCAUCGCCUCCGCGCUCGUCUCAGCGGCCCUCCGCCCUCCGCCUCCAGCUGAUCACUCCCAAACUCGGUGGGAGGUUCUUGUGCGGUCGGUGUGGGAAGUGUUUUCCUCGCUGGAACCAGCUCUGGCUGCACCAGCGCCUCCACCGACGGGCAGGGAGGCCUUUCCGCUGCAGCGCGUGUGAGCUGGAGUUCCACUUCCUGGGUUCGUACGUCGACCACCUGCGGGAGCACGCUGCUCGGACGCCCCACGCCUGCCCGGCGUGUCCCGCCGCCUUCGCGGACCGAGCGUCCCUGAGAUCCCACGUCUCCGACUGCUACCGACGCCAGCAGCGUUUGAAGUGCAGCGCGUGCGGGAAACGUUUCUCCUCCCGGGGAAAUCUGCGGAAACAUGAGCUGCGACAUAGAGGUGCCAAGACGCACGCCUGCCUGCCGUGCGGCCGCGCCUUCUCUGGCCACGCCGCGCUGGCGGAUCACCUGGAGAUCCACCGGAGACGCCUCAGCGCGCCACGGCCAACGCCCGUCUCCGGACCGUUUCUGUUCCCGUAUGGCUGCAGGAAGUGCAGCGCCAGGUUCUCCAGCGCCGAGCUGCUCCAGGCGCAUCAGGUGCGCCACGCCGCGGCCGGCGACGCGCCGGGGAGCCGUCCGGAGACGAUAGCUCCCCUCGUUUCCAGCAGAGCCCCCUCGGACAUCCAGGGAGCAACGGCGGGGUCGUCCGGGCGACCGCACCGGCUGCCGGUCAGCACCAAGAAGCACCUGUUCAGGUAUCCUGACCCGAACCGCCUGUACGUGGUACCGGUCCUCUCCUCGGAGCCGCCCAUCGUAGUCCAGGACGCAGGGGAGGAAGAUCUGAGCAGCGACGACCAAUCCGGUCUUCCUCCCGGGAAACCAGGAGCGGGCAGGAACUCAGGUGCACCGCGGUGGCCGAACACUAACGGAGGAUCACGUGACCUGAAGCUCUUGGUUCAGUCGCUACUUCCUGACAGGUGGUUGAAGGAGACUCGCUGUGAACGUGCACCGUUGACGGACGUCCACGCCUGCACCACCUGCGCGGCCAGCUUCACGGACAUCAGACAGCUGCACACGCACUACAUGGGCCACGCCAGGGGGAUGUGAGGCGGCGUCUCUGACACGCCAGGGACUCCCCGUCCUCAAGCGGACCAGAACCAGCGAUUCUGCAGACACUUACGGACGUCUCAGCGUUUGCUGUUGAAAUGUGUCGCUUCAGUUUUGGUGUUUUAUUACGUAGGUCGUUUGUUUUUACCUCAAACAAGUAUUAUUACUUCCUUACAAAACCUACAAAAGGACUUUUGACAGAAAACCAGUGUUAGUUCUCCCGGUCCGGUGUGAACACCCGGGUCCUCGAUGUUCUGCUACUGAGUUUGUUGUUUCUCAUAAGAAUUUGCAGUUUUACAUUUUCCCAUGUUUCUGUUUGUUGUUUUAGACUUUAUACAUUUUUAUGUUUUUUAUUUUAUUUGAUUAUUAUUAUUAUUAUUAUUAUUAUUAUAAUUUUGUAAAAGUAGGUUUAAAGAACUUUUAAGGCACUCUAUGUAACAAUGAUGCCUGGGCUCGCUGAUGCAGUUUCUAUUGAGUGAGAAUGGUCCGGCAUGACUUGUAAUGCCACGUUAAACCACUAGAGGUGCCCUGUACGCUGGGAGCUGACCGCAGACGGUAUAAAAAAAAAGAACUGAACCCCUCUGUGAUGUCACCAACAGGGUUUCUGUAGCUUUUUUAUCUUCUUCCUCUUCUGAGCUCCGCCCAUUCCUGGUUAAUCCAAAAAUGGGCGGGACAAAGAGGCUCAACGACGGGCUGGAUUACGUCCACCGUACUUUGGUCACCACAAGCUAGCUGCAAUGCUAUGGUGCUAAGUAGCGUUAUAUUACUGUAGUUCAGACAGAAUCUGUCAAAUUUUUUCCUUUACUACUGAAAUUACAUCAGAAAUGAUUACUUUUACUAACGUGAGACCAACGUUCGGCUAACUAACUCGCAGCUGGAGGAUCUCCAGGCCAAGCUGGAUGGUGGCUCGGUUGGAGGGGCGGGCUGUUCUGGCCUCUGGACUAAUGACUGACAAGUCAGGGGCUGGAUUCUGGUUCUGUUCCAUGUCUUGACAAAAAAUCAGCUGUUCAGUUGUUGUGGAUGUGAAAGUGAAAGAAGCUGAUUUCUGCUGUGAAGUCGGAUAUUUCUAAAUCUCUGUUGGAUCCAGACCCUGGUGGUCAGUAGAGGAACUGCACUUUUCAUCGACUAAGGAUUGUAUCAUAGUCAGACGUAACUUGCUACAACUGGUGUGAACUUCGUUGCGUUAUGCCGCCACCAUGUGGUCCAGAGUGUUAUUGCUGCCUAGAGUGACUUUUGUGCAUUCAUUUACAUUUCAUUUAAUAUCUUUAUUUCUACUUUUUGUACUUUUUUCAGUUUUAUACAGUCAUUUUAUUUUUGUAUCCUCUUUUGAAUUAAAGAAAAACAAUCGUUUUUUUUUUUUUUUUUAUAUUUAAAGAUAUCCGGUCGGUAUCCUUCACAUCUUAUUUCAGUAUUUGUAGUUUUUGUGCUGCUGGAACUUUUGUUCAGAGUUUUGUCUCCGUGGCGACCGGGAGUCAGUGUCUCCUUGGACUGUGUGUUCUCAGAUAUUCCUGUUAUCUCCAACUGUUGUGGUGCGAUGAUAAAACCUUAUCAGUGUUUUC